UUGACAGACAUGAAAAAUGAGAGGAAUGCAUUUUGGGAGAAGGCCUAUUCUGAGUUGCAGGCACACUGUCAAAGUUUGGGUCUCGUCUUUGAGUUAGUGGAUUUCAGAUGCGGAGUGCGGGACAUCUUCACAUCUGAUCACUUGACAACUGAACUGUGCAUUAAAGAAAUCGAGUCCUGUCAGAGAAUAUCAGAUGGCCCAACUUUUAUCGCUCUGCUCGGUAAUCAGUACGGCCAUCGCUGCAUCCCACGCCUCAUACCAGAGACGGAGUUUGAGUUGUUGCUUUCAAAACUCCAUAAAGAUUCAGACAGUUUAAAGCUCCUUAACCAAUGGUUCUCCAAAGACAGUAACUCAGUCCCACCCACAUAUGUCCUCCAGCCAAUCACAGCUCACUAUCCUCAUUACAAUGACAGGGGCUCUGAGAGCGGACAGUUGCGUGAUAAUGACGUCAUAUCCUGGAAUGUGACGGAGUCACGACUGCUGCAGGCGCUCCGCACUGCUGCCCAACAGGCCGAGAGAGAAGGGUACAUCAGUGUUGACCAAAAGCGCAAGUUUUUUAAAUCUGUCUUAGAGUAUGAGAUGGAGCACGGCUUUCUCCAGACCCGAAAGGAUGCAUCAGCGGUGCUGUUUUUCCGUGAACUUCCACGACUCAGUAAAAGAGACUGCAAGAAAAACUUUGCAAAGUUUCUUCUGGACGUCACAGCCGAUGGCUUGCUGGACACUGAAGCCCGCGAGCUCUUGGCCGAUCUGAAGCAGCGUAUCUGCAACACAGGUCGCCUCCAGCCCCUCAGCAUGGAGCUCACCAAAGGAGCGAUGGACCCGAGCCGCAAAGAACACAAGGAGUACCUGGGAAAACUGUGUGAGCAGGUGACAUCCCAAAUGAAGGAACUGAUCAGCAGGAACGCUCUGCAAACUUCAGGAGCUUGCAGCACUUUAGAUCCAGGAUGGUCUUGGUUGAAACAGGAGAUCUACCAUCACGCCAUGCUGAGCGAGGAGAAGUGCUCCGUGUUUAAAGGAAGGGACAGCAUUCUGGGAAAGAUCAGCAUUGCCAUGUGGGAGUCCACUAAUGCUUGCCAUGAACCCCUUCUGGUUCAUGGACCUUCAGGGGUUGGUAAAACAGCUCUGCUUUGCAAACUGGCACAGGAAAUGCGAGGCGUUGUUGACCAUCGGGGAGUUGUGGUGCUGAGGCUGCUGGGAACAUCUCCGCUCAGCUCGGAUGUUGACUCUGUUCUCAGAGGUGUUUGUCUUCAAGUGUGUGGAGCUUUAGGGUUGCAGUUCCCCUAUCCACAUAUUGCCAACGUGCAUGAAGAGCUAGUUCGUUUUUUCCAUUCCAUGCUGGAAGACGUGUCAAAACAAGGAGACACACUCCUACUCAUCCUGGACUCACUGGACCAGCUUUUAGAGGCAAACAAACCUCAUAAACUAGACUGGAUACCUAAAGUGAUCCCUCCCAAUGUGCAGCUUGUACUCUCCAUUUCUGACGACUGUGUUGAGAAAUGGCAAUCUUUGGUUCCAGCAGAACAAAACGUCUUUAAUGUGGAACUUCUCACGGAUGAUCAAGGGAAAGACAUUAUUGGCGGAUACAUGAGUGCAGCUGGACGCAAGCUGACCUCAGAACAGUUAGACACCAUCUUAAACCGCUUCCAGCAAAGCAGAAGCCCUUUGCAUCUGAAACUCAUGCUAAACUCUGCCAAGCAGUGGUCCUCCUGCACCUCCAUGUCUAAUGUUCACCUGGGGAUCUCUGCGCAGGAAGUGAUGACACAGUUUGUGGAGUCACUUGAGGAGAAUCAUGGGAAGAAGCUAGUUAGUCAUGCUCUGUGCUUCAUCCUGUUAUCAAGAAGUGGUCUAUCAGAGGCAGAGUUACAGGAUGUCUUGUCAUUAGAUAAUGACGUUCUGGCUGAAAUGUAUAAGUACUGGCUUCCUCCAAGCCACACACUCCUGCGCUUCCCAAGACUUCACUGGUCCCGUCUCCGUCAUGACCUGACAGCUCAUCUGACGGAGAGAUGGGAGGGUGGUGUUAUUCUGCUGGGUUUCACCCACAGGCAGUUCGCAGAGCUGGUAAGGAAGAGAUAUUUAUCACGCGAGAUGAAAACAGACAUGCACGCGAUCCUAGCCGAAUACUUUUUAGGACAGUGGAGUGGGGGGCAGCUCAGGCCAAUCAUUCUGCCCUCACUGAGUACGCUGCUCAAUGCUGACAGAAAGGUACCACCCCAGCCCUUGUGGUUCACUGAAGAAGUCGCCAAUAUGCGGAAGCUUCAUGAACUGCCCUAUCAUCUCGCUCAUGCGGGAAAAUGGGAGGAGCUUCGCCAGUCAGUGCUCGGCAGUCUGGACUGGUUAUGUUGUAAAACUCUGCAGUGUGGCGUGAGCUGUGUUAUUCAGGACCUGUCGCUUUGCACUGACCUCACAGACUGUCCUGAGAUACAGAUGCUGAAAGAGACAUUUCUGCUUCUUAAGCCCUCGUUAGUUUUUAGCGACGGUCGUGUAGAUCCCUCACUUUUGGUCACAGAGAUCUUCGCCAGGCUGCAGGGCCUCGCUGAUCUCUACCCCUCCGUGAUUGGUCAGCUGUGUUCUCAAUGCGUGGACUGGUUUGGUUCCUGUACUGACCCAGUGCUUGUGCCCAAAUGCAGCUUCUUUCAGGCCCCUGGGGGCCCACUGAAGAGCACACUCACGGGGAGAAAGUGA